CUGACAGGACACAGGGUCUUCCCAUCUGUUCCACCGUUUCGAGACUGGGGUGGACAACGACCGCCGUUUGUCGCUGGCGUGCCCUCCCCCUUGAUCUCUACUCGAUCGCGUUUCAGGUUUUUCGGCGUCGCCCGAUCAGUAAACAAACCGCGUUCCCAACAGAGAUGCACAAUCCUAACUCCCUUUCAUCGACCCUCAGCUUCUAGCUACACCACAUGCUACCUUUCUAGACUAGCGUAGAACGACACAGUCCUCUCACCAUGGAUCAUCGACCCGAAGCUAUUGUCACAUCGCUCGAACCCGCAGCUCGACCUCCUUUGAGCAAGACACGUACGACAGACCGGCAAUCCAGCUUUUCACCAUCGACUUGCAGUCAAGAGGAACAACAGCUUUUCGUUGUGAAGGAGUACUCGCUGGUCGGUCACAACACGGCUCUUGGUCCUCUCGAGCGUCUCGCCAGAUUCAGUCUUGAUCGUCAUGAAUACAUCGUGGCCACCUAUAGCCAGAUUGGUCAAUCAGAUCAGGCCGAAUCGUACGUAAUUCACCACCCUCCGGACACCCCAGAAUCGCAUGUCAUUUCUUGGAGGCUGGAUGAAGGCUGCAGGUUCGUCCAGACUCUGGACUUCGACCGAAAAGUCCCUCCUUUCGCCCUUUUCGAGACUUCGAUCGAGGGUGGAUAUCCCGAUGAAGUAGUCUACACCGUCGUACCCUUCUCACAAACCGUCAAGACCCGUCAACCGGUCGAUACCAGCCACUACUUCCCCCUUACCCAGAUCUUCGGUAAAUCCAGCACCCCAUCUGUACUAUCUUACCUCCCUCUUCAGUUCCCUCCCCGUCAGUACGACAGAAGGAUACGACACGGACUUGCUGGAAGGAUCCGAACGGCAAGAGCGGACAUACCCGUCUUUUACACUCUAGGGACGAGCUUAGGAAUCCGUGGGAGGAGGUGUGAGAUUUGGACGUAUUUGAUCAAGUUGGAAAAGGGAGAAGUACAAGCUUAUCACCAUAAUUCCUUAGAGGUACCUGCGAACGCGUCUAGAUGUAUCUGCACACCGAGUCUCUUCGGGGUAGUUACUCCCGACCGAAUUAUCUUAUGGCAACUGGAAAAUAUGGCUCAUCUGCCAUUGCAAAGCCCGAUGCAUCGGUUCGAGGUGGUUUGCGAGACGAAGGGUCUGGUAGAAAUUUAUCAGGUCAACCAGAAUCUGCUUAUAUUCGCUUUCCAAGAUCGAUUGGCCCGAUACCAUUUGGCCGAGAAACAACUUGAAGAGCAAUACGCGAUCCAACUGCCGAAGAAACCCAGUGACAUCUUCUUCCUCCAUACGUACACCUUUCUCGUCCACCCGGAACAGAUCGUCAUCCUGGACCUCUCGACAGGUCUCGAAGUCCAAGUGAUCCGAAAUCCCGUGCCAGAAGGAGAAUUCAGGGUACUCGCUCGGCCUAGUAAAGGCAUCUCGGGCAGGUAUCAAGGACAGCCGGGGGCGAUUUUGCAAGCGGGAAGAGAAGCCGCUCGGCUGAUUUGCUACAAACUCGAAUUCACUGGACAUCGAUCGUCUGGAGUAUCAGUGGCAUGCCUCUCGCUGUGAGCGCAAGGUGACCAGAUCAUAUAUUCCAGAGUGAUAAUCAGCGAGCACGUUGUACAGUCAUGCAACCACCUUAUACCCUAGUGACGGAAGGGACCCUUUGGAUCGAUUGUCGCGUGUCGGUUAAGCGAACAAUAGAGUUCGACGCGGUGAAACCAGAAAAG